CUCAAGGCGGAAGUUACCUUCACAUGUUCGUUUAACUGCAAACUUUUGUUCGCUAGUUUACUAGCGAAAUAUUUACGUUUUGAAGCAAGAACGACAGUUUCCUGGAGAGCCGAACUGUUGGUAUAGAAGAAAUCUGCUCAGAGAUACGACACGAAACCUGUCAGCGCAGACUGGUGGAUAUCAGCUGGAAAGCUGAAAUAAAAUUACACACGACAGUCAAGAUUUCCAACAACAACAUGAAAUGUAAAGACGAGGAGGGUUUGGAUGACCAGCAGGCCUAUAAGCAAGAGAGGAACUCCAGCGUGGACCAGGAGGACCCGAAGAUUAAAGAGGAAGAGGAGGAACCCUGCAUCAAUCAGGAGGAAGAGCAUCUUGUACUGAAGCAAGACGCUGAGGGCAUUAUUGUCUGGACCGGGGAAGAGCGACGCAAACUACUGGAUACCAUCUGGAAACCUGAAAUGAAGUUACACAGAAUAGACCUCCCACAACAACAUGGUUGUAAGGAAGAGAAGGGUCUGGAUGAUCAAGAAAGGACCCAGGAGGACCCAGCGCUUCCACAGAUUAAAGAGGAACCAGAGGAUCUUAGCAGCAGUCUGGAGAGACGAGAUCAGGAAGAAGGCGAGGAUGUGGACUCAGGAUCAGCAAGAAAUGCAGAGCUGAAGAAAAGGAACCAUCACAGUGAUGGAAGUCACAGUACCAUAGUAGACAUCUCUUCAGUGUCAGAUAGUUACUGUAAAGCUAACACAAGUAAAAAGUCUGUAAAAUGUGGAACUUGUGGAAAAACCUUCCCGUUUAAAUCCAGACUGACUACACAGCACACAGAGGAGAAGCCUUAUUUAUGUAGCACCUGUGGAAAAGGAUUCGGUUACAAAUCACAUUUGAAACGUCACCAAAGAAUUCACACAGGCGAGAAGCCUUAUACUUGUACAACCUGUGGACAGAGUUUCAUUCAGAUGCCCCAACUGAAAACUCACAUGAGGAUCCACACAGGUGAGAAGCCUUAUUGUUGUAGUGUCUGUGGAAACAAAUUUAGUUUCUCAUCUGCAUUCAAAGUUCACAUGAGAAUUCACACUGGUGAGAAACCGUAUUCUUGCAGUACUUGUGGGAAACGUUUUAGAGAUUUAAAAUCGUUCAAAACUCACACUAGAAUUCACACAGGUGAAAAGCCAUAUUCUUGUAGCAUCUGUGGAAAAACAUUCAGGGACUUAUCAGGAUUCCGAAAACACACACGAAUUCACACAGGUGAGAAGCCAUAUGUUUGCACCAUAUGUGAGAGAAGCUUCAGUCAAAUGAUAAACAUGAAAACUCACAUGAAAAUUCACACAGGUGAGAAGCCAUUAUCGUCUGGCCCCCGUGGCAAAAGAUAUAGAUACUCAUUUGGAUUGAAAGCACAGAUGAGAAUUCACACGGGCGAGAAGUCACAUUUUUGUAGCACAUGUGGGAAAACAUUCAAGCAGAAAACGCAGUUAAAAAGACACAUGAGAAAUCAUACUGCAAUGUCUUCAGUUCAGUAUAUGAGAGACUUCAUCAGGGAUAGAUUGACUGGCGUUGCUGAAGAAAUCUUCUCAGAGGUUAAAAAAACGAUCGUCCGGUAUGAGGAGGAAAUCAACCAUCAGCUCAGGCUGCUGGAUAUCAGCCGGAAACCUGAGAUAAAGUUACACAUAAUCGACCUCCCAGACGAAGAUGAAUGUAAGGAAGAAGAGGAUAUGGAUAACCAGCAGGUCUGUAACCAGGAGAGUCACUCCAAUCUGGACCAGCAGGAUUCAGAUUCUCAGCAGACUAAAGAGGAAGAGGAGGAAAUUUGCACCAGUCUGGAGGGAGAACAGCUUGUACUGAAGCACGAAGGCAAAGGCAUCCUCGUCUGGGCCAGGGAAGACCAGGACAGACUAAGUGACACCAACUGGAAACCUGAAAUAAACUCACACAGAAUAGACCUCCAACAUCAGCAUGUCUCUAAGGAGGAGGAGGAGGAUCUCACAGACCAGCAGGUCUGUAAGCAGGAUAAGAACUCCAGUCUGGACCUGGAUGACUCAGAGCCUCCACAGAUUAAAGAGGAAAAGGAGGAACCUUGUACCAGUCAGGAAAGGGAGCAGCUUGGACUGAAGCAGGAGUCUGAUAAUUUUGUGGUGACCCACGAGGAAAGUGAUCACAGUGAACCAGAAGCACACAGUGACCGGAAACUGUCUUGCAACUCUCCUGGACCAGAGAGUCAGUGUAACACUGACACAAGUAAAAAGUCUGUAAAGUGUGACACUUGUGGAAAAGCUUUUCACGAUAAAUCCAGACUAACUAAAUAUUUGAAAAUUCAUACAGGCGAGAAGCCACAUUCUUGUAGCACCUGUGGAAAAAGAUUCAGUCAAAUUAUAAACUUGAAAACUCACAUGAGAAUUCACACGGGCGAGAAGCCAUAUUCUUGUAACACCUGUGGUAACUCAUUCAGUCAGAAAUCAACUUUGGCACAUCACAUCAGAAUCCACACAGGUGAGAAGCCACAUUCUUGUAGCACGUGUGAGAAAACAUUUAUCUGGAAAUCAGAACUGAAACGUCAUAUGAGAAUUCACACAGGUGAGAAGCCGUAUUCUUGUAGCACCUGUGGGAAAACAUUCAGUCGAAAAUCAACAUUAAAAACCCACGUGAGAGUUCACACAGGUGAGAGGCCCUAUUCUUGUAACACCUGUGGGAAAGAAUUUACGGUUUCAUCAACAUUGAAAACUCAUAUAAGAAUUCACACAGGGGAAAAGAUACACUCUUGUAGCAUAUGUGGGAAAAGAUUCAUUCAGAUUAUCCAUUUGAAAAGACAUAUGAAAAUUCAUACAACAACCAACAGCAACAUGAACUGUAAUGAGGGGAAGGGUCUGGAUGUCCAGCAGGUCUGUAACCAGGAAAGUAACUCCACAUUGGACCCACAGGACCCAGAGCAUCCACAGAUUAAAGAGGGAGAGCAGCUUGUAGUGAAGCAGGAGGCUGAGGGCAUCAUCAUCUGGACUGGAGAAGAGCGGCUCAGACUGCUGGAUACCAUCUGGAAACCUGAAAUAACGACAUACAGUAAAGAUCUUGCGCAACAGUGUGUCUUUAAGCAAGAGGAUCUGCAUGACCAGCAGGUGUGUAACCAGGAGAGGAACUCCAGUUUGAACCACGAGGACCCAGAACUCCCAUGGAUUAAAGAGGAACCAGAGGAACUUUGCACCAGUGAGGAAGGAGAACAGCUUUUAUUGAAGGAGGAGACUGAUACCUUUAUGGUGACUUUUGAUGAAAGUGAACAUGAACCAAACAGAGACCAGCUCCUUUCUCACAACUCUCCUGCACCAGAGAGCCAGCAUCAAGGAGGAAAUGAGCAUGUGGAAUCAGAAUCUACUAGAAAACCAGAGCUGAAGAACAGUAACAGUGUAAACAACUCUCCAGUGCCAGAGAAUCAGUGUAAAACUGGCAAAAGUAAAAAGUCUCUAAAUUGUGACACUUGUGGAAAGACUUUUCAGUACGAAUGUCACUUGACAAAACAUGUAAGAAUUCACACAGGUGAGAAGCCUUUUUUUUGUAGCACCUGUGGGAAAUGUUUUGGUCAGAAAUCAGGACUGGAAACUCACAUGAAAAUUCACACAGGUGAGAAGCCACAUUUUUGCAGUAUCUGUGGAAAAGGAUUCAGUCAGAUGAUAAACCUGAAAACUCAUAUGAGAGUCCACACAGGUGAAAAGCCAUAUUGUUGUAGCACAUGUGGAAAAACCUUUAGUGCCUUGUCAGCCUUCAAAACCCACAUUAGAAUUCACACAGGUGAGAAGCCAUAUUGUUGUAAGACUUGUGGGAAACGAUUCACUCAGAAAUCUGGACUGGAACAUCAUAUGAAAAUUCACACAGGUGAGAAGCCACAUUCUUGCAUUACCUGUGGGAAAAGCUUCAGUCUUAUGAAGUCCUUGAAAACUCACAUGCGAAUUCAUACAGGUGAGAAGCCACAUUCUUGCAUUACCUGUGGAAAAAGUUUCAGUCAUAUGAUGAACUUGAAAACCCACAUGAGAAUUCAUACAGGUGAGAAGCCAUAUUCUUGUAGCACCUGUGGGAAAAGAUUUAGCGAUUUAUCAGGAUUCAAAAAACAUAAAAUGAUUCAUACAGGUGAGAAGCCCCACCCUUGUAACACCUGUGGAAAGAGAUUCAGUGACAUGACGAAUUUGAAAGCUCACAUUAGAAUUCACACAGGUGAGAAGCCAUAUUGUUGUAACACUUGUGGGAAACGAUUCAGUCAGAAAUCUGGAGUGAAAAUUCAUAUGAAAAUUCACACAGGUGAGAAGCCACAUUCUUGCAUUACCUGUGGGAAAAGCUUCAGUCAUAUGACGUCCUUGAAAACUCACAUGAGAAUUCACAUGCCUGAGAAGCCACAUUCCUGUGGCAAUUGCGGGAAAAGUUUUGUUCAGCUGAUACACUUGAAAAGGCACAUGAGAAUUCAUACUAGUUAAGUUUUAAAAUGUGGAAUGUACUUUAUUAUAGAAAAACAAGAAUGGAUAAAUAAUUUAUUGACACUUGUAUUCUAUAGCCAAGAUUACAUCACUCUAUCCAAAAGCUGGAAAGUGACACAAAUAAGUAAAAGUCAUUAUGGAUUUGAACAGUGUUGUCCGUUAUUUCCCAAUGUUUUCUU